AUGGACGACGUCAACUACUUCUACCAGCACUGGAAGGGCUACACGACGCAGCGCAGCUUUGCGUGGGUUGACGAGUACAAGACGACGGAUGCACCCACUAGAAUGGUGAGGCGGGCGAUGGAGAAGGAGAACAAGAAGCUUCGCGACGCUGCAAAGAAGGCCUUCACAACGGAAGUGCGUGAGCUCGUGGACUUUGUGUGCCGCCGUGACCCGCGUGUCCGGGCGUUUCAGAAGCAGAAGGAGCAGGAGAAGGAGCAGCGGCGGAUUGAGGAAGAGGCUAAGAAGCGGGAAAAGCAGGCGGCGUACGACACCGAACGACGCGCGUUUCAGGAACAACAGGAGAAGCUCUGGGCCGACAGCAAUAUGGAAACCAGCCGCGUUGCUGAUAGAGAUAUUGAGCAGGAACUUGAGAAACUCCGGAAGAAAAUGGACGCGGACGUGCUGGUGUGCGACCUGUGCAGCAAAACUUUCAAGUCUACCAAGCAGCUACAGAACCAUCUCACGUCCAAAAAGCACCGCGAGAAAGAGGAGGAGCUGGGCGUAUUCAGCGACCUUAGCAUUCUGGACGAUGAAAUGGAUCGAGCGCUCCAGGAGGAGCUCAUUGCACUAGGCAAGGAAGCUGACGAAGAAGCUGCACGGAAAAAGGAGGAGGCUGAACGUGUUCGCCUUGAAAAGGAGCAGAAGGCAGCUGACAAACGUCGCGAGCGUAAGGAGCAGCGCAAGAACAAGAAGAAAGAGAACGUCGAGAAAAUCGUGAGCUCCGCGCGAUCGAAGAAGGAGAAGAAGGAAGAGGAGGAAGAACAACGUGGGCGCGGCAAGAAGGGCGGGAAGAAGCGACGAGGUUAA